AUCGGCGAAUAUUAAAUGUAUUUUUUCUACGAUGUGUGCGAUAUUUCAAUUGAAACCAAAACAAAACCGUGUGAAAACUGUGUUUUUCUGUCUCUCUCUCUUGGGGUUUUCUGCGCAGUGUUUUUGGCGUUCGCGAAAUUAAAACAAUCUCUUUGGUCUAAUGCUUUGCUUGCUGAUUUGCAAAACACAGUUCCGGGCCAUCAUGGUCAGCAGCAUGUUGGAGGCGGGGGUGGAUCGUCGGUUCCAGGAUACGGUAGCCUGAACGGUGUCCGGAGUAAACAGACACCGAGUCCGCAAUCCUAUCAAACCAAAACAAUCACAGAAACACGAACGACGACGCCCGCCAACGGCUACAAUGGAUCGUUGCCGCGUUCGACGACGCCCCACCAAAACUCUCUGCCACGUGCUGCCGGAACGCCACAAAAGCUGCCGGGAUCCACUUCCGGAAACCUCUCGGAGCUCGAUUCGUUGCUACAGGACUUGAGCAGUGCCCGCUACGGGAAUAUCGUUGAGAAACAAAAUCAACAAAACAAUGGCACAACUAGUCCUUCUUCGUACGCCAUCAAUGAUUCCAUCAAACGGCCCUCGGUCGAUAGUUUGUUGGAUGAGCUGAGCAAUGCCAAUCCCAUCUAUGCUGUUCCCUAUGGUAAUCAAUCGGCCAAUGCCGCCGCCCAGCAACCCGGUCGGCAAGUUACCAUCACAGUUCGGGAAACUACUACCGAGAAAAUGACCGGAACGCCAAGUUUGAACUAUCAACAGCAAUUGUACGAGCAGCAGCUCGCCAAUGAGCAAACGAACUACACCUCGUCUGCCACCAAGGAGCUCGAUGAUCUAAUGGCUUCACUCUCGGACUUCAAGAUCACAUCCGGAUCGCAUCAGAAUCAGCUGGUUACGGAUUACGCCAAGCCGAAUCAAGGCGUAUCGCACUAUCAAACUACUUUGACGACCGUAACGACUACGGAACAGCUUGAGCCCGGAAGUGAUCAGUUGGAUUCUAUGCUCGGAAAUUUGCAGGCCGACAUGAGCCGUCAAGGAGUUAAUACGACCCAGAAGGGAUGCUGUAAUGCAUGCGAUAAGCCCAUCAUCGGUCAGGUCAUUACGGCCCUCGGAAAAACUUGGCAUCCGGAGCAUUUUACCUGCAAUCAUUGCAGCCAGGAGCUGGGAACCCGGAACUUCUUCGAGCGGGACGGAAAUCCCUACUGCGAGGCAGAUUACCACAAUCUGUUCAGCCCACGUUGCGCAUAUUGCAAUGGACCGAUCUUGGAUAAAUGUGUGACGGCGCUGGAGAAAACCUGGCAUACGGAGCACUUCUUCUGUGCCCAGUGCGGCCAACAGUUCGGGGAGGAUGGCUUCCACGAGCGGGACGGAAAACCGUACUGCCGCAACGAUUACUUCGACAUGUUCGCCCCCAAGUGCAACGGGUGCAACCGGGCCAUCAUGGAGAACUACAUCUCGGCCCUCAACAGCCAGUGGCAUCCGGAUUGUUUCGUUUGCAGGGACUGCAAAAAGCCGGUCACUGGCAAGUCGUUCUACUCGAUGGAGGGCAAACCUGUCUGUCCGAACUGUGCCGGAGCCGAUGAUGACGAAUAAGCGAGCCGGAGCUGGCAGCUGAUGCUGGAAAUUUUGUCCCCAAACUGACCUAAACUGUUUUCUCCGAUCUUAUUUAUACAAAUGUAUGUUAUAUCGAUCUGCAGAUGUUUCGGAAGUUCCCCGGGGAAGUUAUCGAACACAUUCAAAGAUGAAAGAAUCGUUUUCGCCACCAGACGGCGCACUCUAUCUGAAACGCACCUUAAACAUAACCUAAAAACAGCUACAUUAAAUUGAAAGAGUCACGCUGCGCUGCGGGAAAGCGAAAAUCCUUAACCCAGUUUCUUGUUGAAUGUUGAAGAAAAGCUAAACGUAAUACCUGUGUAGCGGAACUUAUCACUUACUUGUUACAUCACAUGUUACCGUAAUUUUAACCUAUCGUCACGUCUACGUAAAUUAAGUGGAAAAUCCGUGAGGACGGCAACAGCGUCACAUUUAGAACACUUUGAGCGAAGGGCGUGUCGCUGUUUAGGAUUGUAGGACAAAAACGUUAAAAUUAUUCAUAAAUUAUUAUAAAUCUUAAAGAAUUGAAACAGGAAAAUAAAAUGUUUCAAACUUGUUCUCAAAA